UUAAAGACCUGAUUCACUGCCUCCAGCGUGGGCUUGCAUUGCUUUACGCGACACAAGGCACCAGAAGAAAUAUCGACAGACAGUAGGCUAGCGCACCUGAUGCGCCUCAAACCACUGCAUUCAUGACAGAAUCAUACGACCCAGAUGAAAUCCCUGGUUCCCCCGGGCUGAAGGCCACCCAGGUUGAUUACUCACUCAAGGAUUCGCCUCCACCCUUUGGGGAACCGCCGCCUGAGGGAGACGUUGCUAAACCUGCUGUGGACGAUGUGGCACCGUUUUCGGGCAGUUCCCAGCCUAAUCGACCUGAUAUAGCCAAUUUCGAAUAUCAACAUGGCUUCACUCAUGAGGCGGUAACUGAUGAAUCCUUUGACAAGCCUACUAAAUUAAGGUCUAAACUGGACAAUGCUUUGCUGCCAGAGCCAUGCAAACCCACGGAGACAGACAGCUUGAAAGCUGCAGCCACAGCCAAACAAGCGCUCGAUCUGGUAUCUUUAGAUAUUAAGGAAGACCCGAGGGAGAAUGCCCAGUUCGGAUUGACGCCAAAAGAACCUAGUCAUUCCCCGGAGCAGUCGUCUCCUAAGCAGGAGCAACAGCUCACGCCUCCCAAUAACAAUAAUAUCUCAUCACUACUAUCGGAUCCUCCGCCACGACAGGAAAGGAAGCUGUCUGACCCCGACUCCCGCUUGAGCAAACUACUUCUCGUCAACCCUUCGACAUCUCCAGGCCAGGUUCUACCAGCGCUUCACUCUUCAUCAACCGGGAACUCUGUCGAUCAUAGCCUCCCUUCCCUCCAAACUGCAUUAGCGGCAGUCACGGAUGUACCGCCAAAUCCCGCCGUGCGCAUCAAUGGCUCGUCUUCUUAUACCCUGCCUCCAGUACAAGCUUCCUCUCCAGUCUCAAGAACAGACUCUCUCUGGGAUCACCAGCGCAUGGGGCAGUUUGGCCCUCCCCCGCAGGUUCCGCCCAGCCCAUAUUCACAUCUAUCUCCUGCGAGCUCGAAGGAAAUGUCAACCAUGCCGUCUCCUGCUUCACAGUCACCGUACUGGAGGAUCAAAGAGAUACCUUACCUGACCUCCCCAUAUGAGGUAGCACCCUCCACGGUCAAGAGUCCGGCGACAAGUUAUCCGACCCCGACGGAUCAGACACCUACAGGGUCCUGCGACCGAUCGUUUAACCCCUCUGCGCAGGCUAAUGGGCCUGUACCAGUUGGGACAUAUAAAUGUCGUCAUCCUGGGUGCACGGCACCUCCUUUCCAGACUCAAUAUCUACUCAAUUCUCAUGCGAACGUUCAUUCCCAAGACCGUCCGCAUUUUUGCCCCAUAGAAGGCUGUCCUCGUGGACCAGGGGGCAAGGGCUUUAAACGGAAGAACGAGAUGAUCCGUCAUGGUCUCGUCCACAAUUCUCCCGGUUAUGUUUGCCCUUUUUGUCCAGAUCAACAGCAUAAGUACCCUCGACCGGACAAUCUUCAACGACAUGUCCGAGUCCAUCAUGUCGAUAAGAAUAAGGAUGAUCCGGCUCUCAGGCAGGUCCUGGCCCAGAGACCGGAAGGUAGCAACCGCGGUCGGCGCCGCCGCACCAACGCUCAAUGAGCGACCUCCUCACGACCGUCGUGAGAACCCCUCUUCCCAUAAGUGCAGAUUUACUGUUCAGAUGAUAUUGCAUUAGCGACAGCGCCCGUGUUGAUUCAGUCUUCGGGAAGGUGGCUUUCUCGAACAUGAUCCUGAUGCUGAUGAGUCAUGCUGGGAAUCACGCAGCCACUCUUACCCACCGCCCGCCACCCGUUUCCCCAAUUGUCGUGUCUACUGCACAUGCAUCAUAUGAGCUCGUC